AGCCUACUAGCAUUCACUAGGUAGGUACUCACAAUUUAUAAGCGAUCAAUAAUCAUAAAUCAUUACUGUAACUAGUGAAGUAAUAAACUUAUAUUAAAUUAAUCACUGCACAUUUCAGUACACAUUGAAUUUUCUUUGAAUGUAUCUGUGUUUUACUAUGAUAAGUGUUGUUAAACUUUGUACCGGAUAUUCGCAAAAUUGAAAAUACGAGUAGAUUUAAAACAUGCACAAACUAUGGUUCCGCUCUAGAAGAAAUCAAGUUGUGCUCGCUAUAGCUUUGGUAGUCUCAAUAUUCUACUAUCUUACAUCUAAUGUUCAAUCGGAAGCUAACCUCGACGUUACCAGAAGUGGUAUGGCUGUAUCUAGUGUAUUUAGUAAUGUAGUCGCUCAUCAAUCAGCUGAUGUUAUUGCACCUGCCGACCUAAAUAAAAGAGAGUCUGUUAUUGAGUUUAUCGAGAGAAGGUUAGAGCAGACAUUGAAAGAUGACAAGGGUACAGGCUGUGAGAUACCAAAGCUGGACCCAUUCGCGAAAGAGGUGGCCCAGUUUGAUGUGGAUAUGCCCAAAGUUGUAUGCAGCGGAGAAGACUGGGUGAAAUGCUAUCUGUCAGAAUGCAAAGUUGUCCCUCGUAUAUUGGAGACGACCCGUCAUAUCGUGUGUACUUACAACGAUAUACUGUACGAGACUGAUGAUAAAUACACCAUCGGGCCGCCGAUAGAGGUUCGUGGAUCCGCGAUCUACGUGCUCACCAAAAGUGACUAUGUCAAGAUAUCCUGCAACGGGAAUGAGAAGAACAGCAAUCUGCCUACAAGAUGGAAGGGUUUUGGUGCCGGUUACCGCGAGACGGUUAUACCUAAGACUCCACCGCCAGGCAGAGAGAACACAUACAACAUCCUGCUGUUCGGUUUUGAUUCCACGUCCAGGAAUGGCUUUAUACGGAGGAUGCCGAAGAGCUAUAAAGUUCUUAUGGAAGAGUUGGGAGCGACUGUCUUGCACGGAUACAACAUAUUGGGCGAUGGUACGCCAGCCGCUUUGUUUCCAAUAUUAACUGGCAAGACUGAACUGGAGUUGCCUGAUGUAAGAAAGAAGGCAAAGGGUAACGAAACUCUUGACUCUAUGCCGUUUAUUUUUUACAAACUAGCGGAGGAUGGUUACCAUACAGCGUAUUACGAAGAUAUGCCCUGGAUAGGUACGUUUCAGUACCGUUUCAAGGGAUUCAAACGACAGCCAGCAGACCAUUAUUUGAGGGCGUUUUUCAUGGAGGAGUCGGCGAAAGGCAAGAAGUGGUGGCGAAGGCCUAAGCAGCGCUACUGUGUGGGGGACACGCCCCAGUACAAACUGAUGUUCAAUCUCACUGAGCAGUUAUUUAAGCUGGACGGCAAGAAGUUUUGCUUUACAUUUGUAGCUGACAUCACCCACGAUGACUUCAACUACAUCACCACGGCUGACGAGGACACCGUGGAUUUCCUGAGGAACUUCCUGAAGAUGGGUCGGGGAGAGGACACCAUGCUGCUGGUGUUUGGUGAUCACGGACCCAGAUAUGCCAAAGUGCGAGCCACGUUGCAAGGUAAGCUGGAAGAGCGGCUGCCACUGAUGGCCAUCCGUCUGCCCGACGCGCUCCGGAGACGACAUCCCCACACUCAAACCAGCCUGGAAGCAAACGUGGACGUGCUGACCACUGCGCAUGACAUACACGCAACUAUUCUAGACGCCAUGGAUCUGAGGAAAUACUGGAACCCCUACAAGAUCAAUGGCGCUGAUCUGACUAGAGGAUUGACGUUGUUAGAAGAAAUUCCCAAGAAUCGUUCGUGCAGCGAGGCGGGAAUCGAACCCCAUUGGUGUUCGUGUUUGUCGUGGGAGAAUGUAUCACCACAGGAGGUGAUAUACACAAAGACUGCAAACGCGCUCGUGGAUUAUAUUAAUUUAAUUACAGAAUAUAUGAGAUUAAAGUGUGAGCUUCGUACUCUAACUAGUAUAGAAUGGGUGAUGCGACAGCGUGUCAAUAACGGCGUGUUAACGUUUGUGGGAGCCAAAGACGCAGACGGAUACGUGGGAAAAUUUGGUGCAAAAGUGCCCCCUUCUAAAGAAAACUAUCAAGUUAAGAUAACAGUAGGCCCUGGUAGCGGCGUGUACGAAGCUUCUAUGACCUACAUUGUUAAAGAAGACAAAUUCUAUCUGGACUCCCGGGACAUCUCCAGGACUAACGCGUACAACAAUGAGCCGAGUUGUAUAAGCGAGAAACACCCACAUCUCAAUUCCUAUUGUUUUUGUAAAGAACAAUAGUUUGUGAAUUCACAAACACUCGUCCAUAUAACAAUAUUGCGUAGAUGGUUAUGAGAUCAUGAGAUAUUGUUAUAAGUAUAUUAUUUUAAUGUUAUUUUUAGAUAUAUAAAUAACAUAAUAUGCUAAUAUUUCAUUAUAUAAUCUAAUAAUUAUCUUGAACUAAAAUUGCAUCAAUUUCAAAGAAUUAACUCGCCAUCGAUCAAAGAAUCAAUGGAUAUGUCACAUCACGUAAAUCACACCAAAAAGUAAAGAUUAGGUAAAAAAUAUAUAUACAUAAAAACAAUAUACCUUAUUCGAAAUGACCAAAGACAUGAAAGUACUUACGUACGUUUAAAUUUUAUUUUUUCAGAAACAAAUGUUAUUUUAGGUUUAAAAUUAUUAUUAAUACUCUUAAUAAAUGGAUUGAAUUCGUCAAAGAUUAAGUAUUACUUUUUACGAAGUAAAAUUUUAAAUAUUAUUGAAGGAAAAAAUAUUUGAUUCUUGUAAAUUUAUUUGUUUGUUGUUUUAAAUACUCAAUACAUGUACUCAGUCGUAUAAUGUUUUAUUAAAAUUAGUAAUCUCAUUCAGAUCUAAAAGUGUUAUGUUUAUUAACGUAUUUUUUCAUGCUUACAUUUGCAUGGUAAUACUUAAAUAGUAUUUAUAUUUAUAACGAGUUAAUGUUAUGUUGAUAAUUCAAAAAAACAAUAUUUUAUCACAAUACUAUUCAGUAUCAUUUGCGGUCCAAAAUUGUUAUUCAUUCUAUUAUUUAUUUGUUCAAGCACAAGUGUGCUUUUCUACAAAAAAAAAAUUACUUACCUUAAAAAAAUUUUUCUUCUUUUACUCAAGAUCUGAAAUUGUUAUUGAUUAUUUUGCUUUCGUUUAUUAACAAAUUAUGUUUAGUUAAGCUAUUGUAUUACUCAAACAGUACAUAACCGUAAAAUCGGUAAAAUAUCAGUUUAAUCAAUAUUUUAUCGAAAAACUGCCGCAUCCAGUAUUAGUUAUGAUCUGCAAGCAUACUAAUGCUUAUGUAUAACGAGAGUUUGUGCACCCCUUAGUUCUGUUGCUAUACUUAGCUACUACAACUAUAUUUGUUGCCGGUACAUUUACAACGAUGCUCGAAGUCUUGUCGCUAAAAUAUGCAUGGUUGUUAAAUAAACACUAUGAGAAGACUCACAGCCAUAUUAAAUUUAAAAAAAUACUAAUUUGAUAAUUUAAAUGAAUAAGUAGCUUUAUCCUGUUGUAGGCUUAGAAUACAAAUCCUGUACUGAUUUCUCGCCACACACGAGUACCGACGUGCAAUGGAACGUAUCGGCAAGACCGCAGACGGCGCAGGCCUCCACCCGCUCUCUUGAUCAUCAAGUUGAGUCACUAUUUUUAUUCAAAUUACAUUUUUUGUUAUUAUUUUUAUUUUUAGUUUGUGUACGACUAUCAUAAAUCGAUGCAGAUUUUGAAAUUGGAUGUAGAUCGAGAGCAAAUGAUUAUAUACUCUGUUACUAUACAUUUUUGAAUGACGCGUGAAUUGCAAUUUCCAUACAAACUUUAUAAGGUAUAUUGGUAAGCUAUACGUCGUCCCAAUGACAGACAGCGACGAUCAACGAUAGUUACGAUUUUUAUCUCAAGUAGGCGGUAGACUGAAUAUUGGGAACGGCCUUAAGACUAUCGCUUCAAAACGUAUUAUUGCACGCCUCAUAAGUGAACCGUUUGAAGUAGUGUUCCGCUUUCGACAUGUCAAAAAUAAUAGUUUAAAAAAAAUAAAAAAACGCUUUAUAUAAAAUUUAAUUAAAAAUAGAAAAUAAAUUUUAAUAAAUUUAAAUUGAAAAUAGUGUAAAAAAAUAUAUUUUAUUGUAAAAAAGCGUGGGUUGUAGAAUAAUUAUUAUUUUAAUAAUAUCUUUAAAAGCACCCCCCGCUUUUUUUUACAAUAAAAUAUUUUUUUUAAACUAUUUCAAUUAAUAUUUAUUUUAAAUUUUUUAAUUAAAUUUUAUAUAAAGCGUGUUUUUUACUUUUUUAAACUAUUAUUUAUUUUUCAUUUUUUAGUUAAUUUUCUAUACAAGCGUAUUUUUAAAACUAUUAAGUACUUUAACAUCAAUUCCUGCCUUAUUGACUAUAGAUAAAAAUUAUAUAAAUUGAAAAAAAUCUUAGUAUGCAAAUUGAAUAAUGGAAUAAUCUUAUCAAAUUAGUAGUAGUAGGCCGUUUAAAGUGAGUCAAAAACGGGUCUAAAGGAGUCAGUUACAAAUAUACAUAUAAUCAUGCAAGUGAAGCUAAUAUAAAGCGUAUAAAAAACAGUUUUCUCUAAAAUAUUUUUUUUUAUUUUGUAUCGCACUUACAAGUGCUCUUAUAUCAAGUCAAAUAAUCUCUAAAUAAAAUAUAUUUAGUAGCAGCGAGUUUAAAAUUCGUGCUUAAAAAUUUCUCAUAGCUUAGUAAGUGCACAGCUAAAAUCAACACUUAUGUAGUAAUAAAUUAUUAUCAACUAGGCACUUAAUCAGUUUUAUUACACUAAUUAUGUGAUGAUAUAUUUUUAAGUGAGGUUUUUCUUUAAUUAUUGUUUUAUAAUAUGCCCCACAUGUAAAUUCAAAUUAUAUAGCUCGAACUUUUUAGCUGCGAGGUCCUUUAAAAUAGUUUUAAAUAUGUAUAAUUAUUAUUAUUUGAGUAUUUAAAAAAAAUCCAAUAUUGAUCUUAAUUUUGUUUGUAUCUGAUAAACCAACCAGUUUUAAAUGUUAUUUUAAUUUUUACUCUUUAUUUUAUUUGAAUGUUUGAUUGAAUAAAAUUAUGACUUGUUAUUUAUGUAUGUGAUGUUAAUUGAAAUGUCUUAAUACAAAAUUAAUAGUUAUAUUCUGGCAAAAUAUUCGAUAUAAUAGGUAGGUACGUAUGUUUACGUAGCAGAACCAGAAUAUAAAUAUUGUAGAUGUGCCAUCUACAAUAUUUAUAAUUUUUGACGGUUUACUUCACGUUGCCCGAAAAAUAAGUGUUAAAUCAAUAUACUGGCUUUUUUUGGUAUGUUCACAUUUAAUAUUGUGUCUUGGGGACCAUCCAACAGGAUAACGGGAUUAUAUUUCUAUUAUUAUUAUUUAGUCGUAAAAUGGCCGGCAAACGGAAUUGUCUCUGUUCCAACAGGUUUAAAGUAGAACUUCUGUUCGGGUAUGACGACUUUCUUGUUUUAGUGUUUUUUUAUUUCCAAAUUACCCAAACGAAGUCAGGUUUUGUAGAUUUACCGUUACUGUUUUUAAUGCGUUAAUUGCACAAUAAGGUAGGUAUGACUGUCAUAUUUUGCGUUACGUCCUAGACGUCAAUUCGCAAAAAAUAGCUACUCACGACUGAGCCAAAAUUGCGUAUCUCCGCAUAAUUGUGAUUGAUACAUGCGCAAUAUGUGGCACUUGCUGUAGUUUCUAUUCUGUUUGAAUAUAGUUUCGACACAAUUAUAAGCAGUUUUGAUUGGAAAUGACUUACAGUUUUGUUCGCCAGCUCUUUAGAUUAUAAUAAGGUACAUAUAGUGUCUAGUCAAGUGUUGUACAGUAAAUUAAUAAAAUGAAUAAAUUUA